AUGGGCACCAUUUUUGGCGACGCCUUGAUAGUCACCAUUUGGCUGGGCAACGUGCUUGAGGAGCAGCGCGCCGGACUCGAGCUGAUAAGCGACUAUAUCCUCAGAUCCACCAACGAUAAGAGUGCCACCGCGGCCAUGGAAGACCUGUUCUGCGAGGAUGACGACAAGCAGGCCCGGACAAAGCUCGCCGUAAAUGCCAUCGACGUGCUCGUCCAGGCGCCCUACUGGUCCCGUGUCUGGGUCAUACAGGAAAAGUGCCUCGGCCCGUUUAACCCUCACAUCCUAUUCGGUCCCCUGAGGUUCCCUCUCCUAUCGCUGCACAACUUCCUCGAGCAGGCACAUCGUUCUCAUAGCCUGCGGCUCUCCGUACCCACACGCGCAAGCACCUGGCGCAUUUUGAAGCUAGUCGAGCUCAUGUUGCUGGUACAGGAACGUCGACAGGAGUCGUGGACAAGCGAAGGGAAGCAAGAUACGGAUCUGAGCCGCAACGAAGGCGACGUCGAGAUGUUGACCUUGCUUCUCAUGUUGGGCCGCCUUGGAGGGGCUGUAGACCUGCGCGACAAGCUGUACGGGCUGAUGGGCAUGAUGCCUGAAUACAUCGCCAGGUAUAUCGAACCAGACUAUAACAAGCCUGUCCGGCAAGUCUUUUCCGAAUUCGCCCACGCCCUCAUCAUUGGACUUGGUCACUUCAACUUCUCGCUCGCCGGGCUUUCUAAUACUGGCCUCAACAUCCCUUCAUGGGUCCCUGACCUCACCGACACGUGGGACCCAUCCCUCUGGGGUACCGACUGCGAAGCCAGCGGAGGCCAUCGGCCUAUCUUCCGCGUCGAACACCACGGUCUUCAUCUCGUGGCCGCAGGAUUCCAGGUUGACGUGAUAGACGGAACGGCACCCCACCUGGGCUGGGGCAAAAGCGGCGAGCUUGAGGUGUGGAACCCCGCCGUGCAGCCCUCGUCCGCGGGUGCCGACACCAUUCCCGACGAUUUCAAGACCGCAAUCGUGCGCACGCUUCACAGGGACACGAGCUGGGACUGCGACACAGGUACCACCGUUCUUGAUAUUCCCUGGCUGGGAUCGUCGCCCGAGGUCUCGACGUCGCGCACCGAGGCGAUGCGACAGCGCGGCUGGGGGCCUGUCCUGCAGCAUGCCAAAUAUGCGGACCUGGUGAAGCUGUGCACACGGCUUGACGAGUACUUUCAGCCAUGGGGUCGGAGAUUCAGGUCUUUUUUCAACAAUGUCGAUGUGGAGGACAACGAAACAUUGCCCCAGUGUAGGCAGCCCAAUGCCUUUGUUCAGUCACUCGAUAAGCACGUCGGAGUGGUGUAUCCAAUUAUUACCACAGAGGCCGGCCGCUUUGGUACAACGAUUCGUCCCGUACUUCCUGGUGAUGCCAUCUUCGUCAUACUGGGGUGCGAUGGGCUCGUUGUUCUCAGACCUGCCGAGGAGGUUGGCGCUUACCAAGUCAUUUCACAAUGCUACGUUGAGGGGUUGAUGAAAGGAGAAGCCAUGGCUAGGUUGGCAAGAGGCGAGUUCACGUUGAGGCACGUGAGCCUGGUGUAA